AUGAUCGAAAGGCUUCCUUCAGGAAGAGGCGAGACAAAUGAGAAGGGAAGAGCCUCAUCCGGUUCCUCCUCAAGCUCCAUAAAACUCGAGCAAAACCAACGCGAAGUUCAAUUCUCUCCCUUUUCGAAAUCGUCGAUAGAGAAACUACGAAAGGCACAUGAACGAGAGAAACAUUUGAAGAAGAAGGACUGCUGCAAGAUGAACGAGUACCUACUUCAAGUAACGCCUGAAUCUUCAUACGAUCUAUCAGAAGGGCCCUUUAUCCCGAAUCGAACAGCCUGGCCGACGAGAAAGGUUGACACGGAGACUGACUUGGAAGCUGUGCAGACUCCAGAAGCUGCUAGAUCUCCUAAAAUAGGAAAGAAUGCGAAUCCAAAAGGAGUCGAUUCAAAGGGCCGUCGUCAGUCGUAUUUGUGGACCCCUGAUGCCGUCGAUGAGGGCAUGUACUCCACGUAUCUUUCGCAAAAGAUUGUGUUCACGAAAGAAUAUCCCUAUGCCAAGGCGAUUCAAGUUUUGGUGAGAAAAGAUCGUCUGCAUGUUCACGAAGAGCCAAAAGAAAUGAAAAAGCCAAAGUGGAGGCUCCAGCUUUGCGCACUCUUAUGCUGCCCUUUUUUAGGAUUACUGGCUAUUCUUCACAAUUUCCGAGCAACAAACGCUUUCAACCUACAAAAUGUCAAAAGCCAGCGAGACAAUAUGCGCUUCUCAAGAUGGUUCUCUGUUUUCGCCAUUAUGCUCGGCACGAUAACUUGGACCACUUUGCUCGUCCUAAGAAAGCACAAAAAGUCCCAACCAUCAUAUGAUCUAUCAGAAGUGCUUUUUGAUAGUUUCAACAGUACAAUCAACGAAACAACUACAGACUCUUCAAGUUCAAUAGUGCAUUAG